AUGCCCCGGCACGUGUUUUUGUCUUCCGCGGUGCUGCUGCUGUUCCUCUUUGUGCCAUUGCUGGCGCGCGGCAGCAGUGAAGCUGCCAGCGCUGAAGGGACGGAGUCGAAGGAGGUUGAGCUCUUCAAACCGAGGGAGGAUGUGGUGCCCGCUGAUGGGGAAGAAGAGGGAAUAGAAGCACGCUACAAGAGCGCUUCCUCAUUUCAAGGUCAUUCCCUCGUUGAGGCGGAUGGUGUGAUGGUUGCACUUGCUCUGGCUGCCUACAACGAUGAUGGUAGAUACGGCACGUAUACUGACAUGUGGGCAAAGUGGCACCCGUACGGAGGCGGCAGUAAGAUGCCAAAAGACGCUGCAUGGGAUAAUCACUGGAAAACAGAGCUUGUGACUGAACCGUCUGCCGAAGAGGGCCGUGGUGGUCCACUGCUCAGCUCCAAGGCCGUGGUGAGGGGAAAUAAAAUAUUUGUUCUUGCGUCGAAUCCCACCGUUAUUACCAAUGGUGCUUCGGGGCUUGAAACUUACUGGGGCCUUGAGCUGAUUGUUGGUGAGGUUCGGAAGACCGCAGAGAAUGAUGUAAAUCAAGUCUCAUGGAAGAAGACCAGCUUGCCGAGGUCUACGCAUGAAGCGCCGAUGCAGCAGCAUUCGUGGGAGAGGCUGGGGGCUGUUGAUGGGUCCAGAGGGGUUGCAGUUGGGGGCAGUACGAUUGUUUUCCCUCUUUUGGCCACAAAACGAGCCUACGAGGGAAACGAAGGGGAGGGCAUAACCGCUUGCACCGUCAUUUACUCCGACGACAAUGGCGUGAGUUGGAAAUUUCCUGCGCAAGCUGCGAUCGCCAAUGACUGCGCUUUCGCCAGGCUUCUAGAGUGGGAGGGGAAACUCCUCAUGGUCACCGCGGCCCCUUUUUCUUCUUCGUGGCGGCCCAGGGUGUACGAAUCCGCUGACAAUGGGAAGACAUGGGCAGAGGCUAGCGGGCCACUCUCGCAUCUGUUGAGUGAAUCCAAUGUUUUUUCUGCGCGCAAUGGUCGCUUCGACCUUGUCACUACAACCAUUGAAGAGAAGACUGUGCUGCUGUGCACCGAAGUGGUGUUCAUUGACAAUAUACAAGGAGGCAUCAACCAACUGGGCGAUGUUCGCAGCGCAAUUCACGUGUGGCUCUCUGAUGGGGCUCGGAUAUAUGAUGUUGGGCCAAUAUCUGUUGAUGAUGCGGGAUUCUCCUUCAGCACGCUGUUGCACGCAAAGGAUGGGUUGUUUGCCCUCUACUCGAAGGAAGGGGAGCAUGAAAUGCCAGGCAGUUUUGUUUUUAAGCCGCUCACGGAGCAGCUGCGUCACAUCAAGACCGUAUUGAGUAAAUGGAAAGAAGUUGAUGACAGGGUCUCAAAGCUUUGCGGCUCCACCACCACCGCUGCAAUGAAGGAUGGCGCAGAAGGUGCUGGCUGUGUCGGUCCUCUGCCAACGGCCGGGCUGAUUGGAUUUUUGUCCAACAACGCCAGCGAUACUCACUGGAAUGACGAGUACUUUGGGGUGGGCGCCACGGUGCCUACGGGGACGAAGAAGGUUGAGAAUGGCUUCCAGCUGGCAGGGCACGGCGCACGGAUUGCGUGGCCGGUGGGCAGACAAGGACCCAAUUCAGUGCGCAGUUAUGUGGGUGAGGAGCUGACGCUUGUGGCGACGGUGAUCAUUGACAAGGUUCCCACGGCCGCCACCCCGUUGCUGGGCGUGAGCACGGUCGGUGACCCCAACGGGAAGUAUCUGGGGCUGUGGUACGACGAGCGUCGGCACUGGAAGACGAGGUUCG